CGGCGGGCAUUUGGUUUGAAGCAAGCAAUGGUUUAUACAAAUUCUACCGCCAACCACAGUGGUUUCAGUGCCAUUAGCGUAAUUGAAUUUUGCAUUUUAUGGGCAUUGGGCUGUUGGGUCCUUCGGGUUUUUCUUCUGCGAAUCCCUCUCGGACACUGACUCUCCGUCGCCGGUUUCUUCAUCCGUCGCCACCUUAUGGAUUACCAUUUCACUCGAAUGCCAUACAUUCACAUGAAAUUAUUAGGUGCAACAUUAUCUGUUAAUCUUGCUCCAAAUUCUGCUAUCUGGAAGACUUUCUAUUACCCAGUUGCCAACGUCAAUCUUCCAUCAAAUUUGAUGCCAAUGAAUCAGCAGAUAUCUAUAUGCAGGAAUGAUUCGUUAUCUUCUCCUUCCAAUGUCUUCAACAGAACAAAUUCUUCCCAGUCCUUGCUGUUCAUUGUUGCUGAGGGUAGAAUUUCCAACUCUGGUGAGUGCUACAAGUCUAAAUGUUCCUCAGGUUCCUUUGAGAAGCAGGUUUCGAGCAGAAAUAUCGGCGAUGACGAUUGCCCAGAAAAUCAUGAAACUGAAAAUGACAAGGAGUGGCAAAGACGAAGAAAAAUAGGAGUGGCAAAUAAGGGCAAAGUACCAUGGAACAAGGGCAAGAAACACAGCUUGGAAACUCGUAAGCGAAUCAAGCAGAGAACAAUUGAAGCCUUGAGAAACCCCAAGGUGAGGAGGAAGAUGUCCGAAUAUCCCCGCCCCACUCAUAGUGAUCAGGUCAAAACCAAAAUUAGCUCCUCACUCAGACGUGUAUGGGGAAAGAGAUUAUUGAAGAAGAGAUUAAACGAGGCGUUCUUCCGGUCUUGGAAGGAAAGCAUAGCUGUUGCUGCGAAGAAAGGAGGGAAGGAAGAACAAGAACUUGACUGGGACAGCCAUGACAAGAUAAUACAAGAAAUGCUUCAUCAAAAGCUUAAAAUGGUUGAAGAGAAGGAAAAAUUAAAGCUGAUGAGAGCAGAGAAUGCGAAAAAGAGAAAAAUCCAAGGAAGGGGUGCCAAAAUAAAGAAAAGGAAAAUGCGUUCUAGAAGAAGAAAUGGAGGAAAAAGAAGGAUGAAAGAGGGAGAAGACGUCCAGAGAACGAAGAAGGAGCUAACUGCAAUUGAAAGAUCGAGACUUAAGCAAAGAUUGAAGAAGAUUCGCAAAAAGAUUGCAAUAAACGGUGUAGUUGCUGCUCAAGGAAGCGUUGCAUCAGUGGUGCCCCGAGGCACAACCUGGGAAAAAAUGGAUCUAGAUCUUAUAAAGAAGGGUAAACUGAGGGAAGAAGUGUCGCUGGCAGAUCAAAUUCAAUUUGCCAAGAACAGAAAGCAGAAUCUAUAGCUUGCAAAAUUCUUGUAGCUUCUAUUUUGUCGUACGGAUGCACCAGGGGAGCGUAAAGAUAACUUUUGACUGACCUUCACUGCUUGCAAGAAGAAAAUUUUCUGGUGUCUGAAGGUGACUUUUCCUCCCAUCCAAGGUGAUUUUCAUCACACACACACACACACACAUUUAUAUCCAUUGGAGUUACAGAAUCUUGUUCAAUUCGACACGAGUAAAAAGGCUGCUACAGCUCACGAGCUUUUGAUGACUUGAAGAAAGGUAGUGAGAAGAAGUUGAAAAGUUUUACUUUGCAGGAUGGAUUCUGAUAAGCGAUCGAGCAAGAGCUCCACGUCCAUGGCAGCAGAUAGAUGGCUUGCCUUUUGCUCUGCCUGCUUCAUAAUUGCGUGCGGGUAUGUAAAGAUACUAAGUUACUUGAUGCAAUUCUGAAUUCAAAUUUUUCCUCGAA